CUUCAUUUGAUGCAUCAUGGUCGCUGUUCUUUUUACUUUUCGUCCAAGUCACGUUGCAAACAGCAUGCCAGAAAUGAUGAAUGUACAGAGACCUUUCCAAAAUGCAUUCUAAAUAUCGAUUUCCCUUCAAAUACAUUUCAAACAAUAUUUAGUUAUAAAACUAAAGUUGUGUAUAAUUAUUUAUUAAUUUUACGAACGAAAACCCUUUUUCAUUGUUCUACAAAUUUCAUUGAAAUUUCAAUUUUAGUUAAAACUAGCUUAUUCCGUAGAAGUUCCGUAGUUUCUAGAUAUUUCAACCUCGCCUGUGAUUGGUCUAUAUCUUUCUAUUGCUUUGUCGCAUGGAUGUUUAGUUUAAUAACGAAACUGAAGUGUGAAUACCAUUUGAUCUUUUUAAUUAAAUUGUUUUAUUGCACAGUUGUUCGUAAAAUAAUGCAUCUUUCCCAAUAUAAUAUGAUUACUUAAUAAUGAGUAACCUCAAGCAAAAAAAUGUAAUUCAUUGGUUUCGUAAAGGUCUACGAUUACAUGAUCAACCAGCGCUGAAGGAAGGAUUACAAGGCGCCAGUACUUGGCGUUGUGUAUUUAUACUAGAUCCAUGGUUUGCUGGUUCGUCAAACGUUGGAAUUAAUAAAUGGAGGUUUCUUUUACAAUGUCUAGAGAAUUUAGACAACAAUCUCAGGAAAUUAAAUUCCCGUCUUUUUGUGAUAAGAGGUCAACCAGCUGAUGUUUUUCCUCGUCUCUUUAAAUUAUGGAAAACCACUCACCUAACAUUCGAAAAAGAUCCAGAGCCAUAUGGCCGCAUUCGAGAUCUCAACAUCACCACCAUGGCACAAGAAAAUGGUGUUAAUGUCAUAACACGCACAUCUCAUACUUUGUACGACUUAGAAAAAAUCAUAGAAAAAAAUGGCGGUAAAUCUCCGUUGACAUAUAAACAGUUCCAAAAUAUUUUGGCAAAUAUGGAGCAGCCACCUUUACCAUUGCCUCGAAUAACAUUUGAAGACUUAAGUAAUUGCUACACCCCCUUGUCUGAAGAUCAUGAGGAAAAAUAUGGUGUUCCUACUCUAGAAGAAUUAGGUUUUGAUACUGAAAAUUUAAAACCUCCUGUUUGGUUGGGUGGAGAAACAGAAGCAUUAACUCGUUUAGAAAGGCACCUGGAAAGAAAAGCUUGGGUUGCAAGUUUUGGGAGACCGAAAAUGACCCCACAAUCACUAUUACCAAGUCAAACAGGCCUGAGUCCUUAUUUGAGGUUUGGAUGUCUCUCUGCUAGACUUUUCUAUCUUGAACUUGCAGAACUUUAUCGUAAGAUCAAAAAAGUAAAUCCUCCUCUUUCUUUGCAUGGGCAAAUUUUAUGGCGAGAGUUCUUUUACUGUGCUGCCACCAACAAUCCAAAAUUUGAUCAUAUGGUUGGAAAUCCGAUGUGUGUUCAAAUUCCAUGGGAUGUCAACUCCGAUGCACUAGCUAAGUGGACAAGCGGACAAACAGGGUUUCCUUGGAUUGAUGCAAUCAUGACUCAGCUGCGAGAAGAAGGUUGGAUUCAUCAUGUAGCUAGACAUGCGGUUGCAUGUUUUUUAACAAGAGGAGAUUUGUGGAUAUCAUGGGAAGAGGGCAUGAAGGUAUUUGAUGAGUUGCUGCUGGAUGCUGAUUGGAGUGUCAAUGCAGGCUCUUGGAUGUGGCUUUCUUGCAGUUCAUUUUUUCAGCAAUUCUUUCAUCUAUAUUGUCCUAUUAGGUUUGGCAGAAAAGCUGACCCUAAUGGAGAUUACAUAAGGAGGUAUUUGCCUGUUUUAAAAAAUUUCCCUACAAAAUUUAUUCAUGAACCAUGGAUUGCUCCAGAAAAAGUUCAACAUGCUGCCAAAUGUGUUAUUGGCAAAGAUUAUCCUAUGCCAAUUGUCAAUCAUCAGGAUGUUAGUCAUAUUAAUUUAGAACGGAUGAAGCAAGUUUAUCAGCAGCUGAGCCAUUACCGGGGUGCUAAUAUGAGUAAUCCCCCUCGUCCUAUUCAAGAUCGAGAUGAUGAGGGCUAUCAAAAAAGUGUUAAACGACGUGCUGUAGAAUAUUCAGAAAACUCAAGGUGGAAGGCCAUGAAAGAGGCUUAAGCUAAAAGUUGCAUCAUAUUGUUUUGUAAAAAUAUGGACCUAUUUCUGUGAUUUCGUUAUUAUAACACCAGAAAGAAGCUAUGUCGAGAAACUCUUCUAGCAUUUUGAUCAAAUCUUUUGUUUGUGUUCUAGACUUUUUACAAUGUAAUUGAUUGACAAAUUCAACAGUAUUCUUGGAUCUGAAGAGUAUAUGUAGAUAGAUUAUUUAAGUUUAAUUAUUUUAAACAUAUUUUUUAUUAUCUAUCAAUAGAUAAAUUGUAUAUAUGUACUCUACUGCUAAAAGGACAUACGUCCAAGUGUUUUGUAUUGAAAAUUGGCCCUUUUGGUGCCAAAGUAUAUAGUCUUAUACUGUAAGAUAAUGAAUGAUUUGGAACUGUUAUCUUUUCUGUUAAACUAUAAUUUAAAAUCAUCGGCAAUUAUUUUUUUAUCAUUAAUAGUUUUUUUCAGCUGUGAAAAUUGUUUAUUUUAUAUUUAUUAAAUCAGUUUUAUUUCAAAACAUCAAUCAUCACGUCUAAUAUAUUUUAAAUUUGAUUAAGAUAAACUAGUAGGCCAUGUAGGUUUUAUCCUUUAACAGAAGCUCAUUAAAUUAUUUUACGUAUUAAAUUAUUACUUCAGCUAACUGAGAUAAUCUAAACCUGUUUAAAGAAAUUUUGUGUUUACUUCAGUUUUAAACCGACCCUGGGUUUAAGAUAUAUUUACUAGCUUUAUUGAGAGAUUUUUUUUGUUUGUUUCUUUGUUGUGUAAAUAGGAUUUAAUUUUACAAAAGAAAAAAAAAUGGCAACUCAAAAACUUUUAAUGGAAAAUCCAUGGUAGUCUAUUGUUAGAUUCAAAUUUAGUACAUGUUCUAAAGAUAGAAGCAAGUGUCAAAAGAUUUUUGAUUUGUAAAGGUAAUGGUAACUAUAACCAACUGAUCAUUUUUCCUCCUCUUUGUUGGGGGAGGAAAAAUUAGUGUUCAUUAUAGUCAAUAGUGAUAAGAACAAACAUUUUAAUGUUUUAGAAUAAUUGUAUUUUUAACUGCUAUAUAUUAAUAGUGAUAAGUGGGUAAAUAAACAGUUAAAAAAUAUGUAAUUUUAAAUCAGUAAAAUAAUUGAUGGUUCUCUAUAACUUUUUUUUUCAAAUCAAAAUUGAACUAAAUAUUUUCAAAUCUAUUUUAGUGAAAAAUCUUAUCAGAUGUCUAUCAUAUAGUAGUAAUUGCAGACUGUGCUGUAGUUUUAAUGUAUGUUCAAGGGUGUUAUCAGUUAUCUAAACAUUUAAAUUACAAAAAAUGAGUUAGGAAAGCUAUUUCACAUCCUUCUUAACAUGCAAUAGUUCAUUAAUCAAGUAAUGCUUAAUUUCAGAGGGGGUUCUCCACCCCAAAACUACGCUACUAAUUGCAGAAAUCAUUAAUUUUAGUGAUUAACCUAAAAUUCUUAAUUGUCACUCUAAGAAAUGAAUUGUAUGAAUGUUUGGCUUUGAGACUUCAGUUCAGUGGCUAAAAUUCAGUUUAACAAAUUUCAUUUCUUUUCCUAUUUGUUGUCAUGGCAUGUUUUUCCUCAUUCCACACUUUUAUAUGAUAGUAUACCAACGUAAAUAUAUAUAUUUUUUGUAUUUUAUCUUAAAUAUUACUUUAUAUAAAAAAAAUUAUGCAUAAUAUAUUAGUUAAAUAUAUUGUUCACAAAAUUUGUUGAUUUACUUCUAAAGAAUAUUUUUCAAAGAUUAAGUUUUAGACAUGAGUUUACAUUGUUUUACUCAUCAAAUAGGUUUUUGUUACAUUUGCUUGUGUAUUUAAAUAAAAUUGCUCAUUUAAGUUAACGCAUGGGAUCUGUAAUUGAAUUUAUAAUAUAUUUAAUGAAUUCUUUAGAUAAAAAACUUGAAUACUACGUAAACAUGGAUAUGAAUUUGGAGAAGAAAAAAUAAAGAAUUGCUUUUUCUUUAAAUGAAACUUGUAUAUAUUAUUUGAAGUAUGAGUUUUUCGCUUUGUAUUGCACAUGAUCUCAUUUGUUCAAAACAGAAAAGAUAUACAGUUAAAAAAUAUCAUUGUACAUAUGUAAAUAUUGUCUAAAAAAUAUUUGUUGAAAAAGUGGUGUACUUCUGAAUUAAUAUAAAUUUAAUUCUGAUUUUUUUUUUUAAAUUGACAUUUUAUAGAACUCACCAUUUAAUAAAAUGGUUUUAGCAUUUUCAAACAUUUCUCGUUUUACAAAUGAGAGACAUGCUUGACUCAUGUAUAUUAGUGUAAAUAGAUUUUAAAUACAAGGCUGUGUACAUUAGUAGCACAAUUGUUUUUAUUUGUAAACUUGUGUUUACUGUAUCUUAUGCUUUAUGCAAGUGUGCAAAACUUUUAAAGAUGCUUCAAUUAAAGAGUUUUCAAGGGUAAA